AUGUCCAAGCUUCCGCCUCAAGAGAAGGGGGUUAUUAGCACCAAGGAGCUGUUAACCCAGAUGGUUAACCAGAAGCUGAAAGGGAUUGGCGGAGGUGCUCCGGCAAGAAAGGGCGAGAAAGGUUCGGCCGGCCCUAAGCGCAAAGCCGAGGACAAGGACGCUUCCAUGGCAGGGAAACGUCCCAAGGUCAAGGCGGGGAUCAGGCGUCCUAAGAGGGAGGACUUGCCAGAGAAGUCGUCUGAUUCUCCAGUGGAAGUCGUUCCUAUGGCAGUGACUCCUCUGCGGCAGCAUCCUCCUACGGAGGGUUUGGCCAAAAGAGGGGAUGCCAGAGGCGGAGCCGGUCCCAGCAAGAGGGCUGCUUCCCCUACGCCGGUCGAGGUCCUUGAUGGUGAGGACGACCAGCCUUCGGCUCAGGCGGCCCAGAACCCCGAAGCUCACCGUCCUCCUCAUGUGGAAGGCGACGACCCAGGCGGCUCUGGACGAUGAGGUCCGCAAUAUUCCUCCGUCUCGGCAUUUCUCGUCCCGAGAUAAGGCUAAGAUCAUCUCUUCGGUGAUUAACGCCGUGCCGAAGGAAUAUGUGGAGCAGUUCCCUCCGGCGGAGGAUGCGCAAUUCGGGGCUAUGCAGGCGG